CCCACACUGGAACCUGAUGUCAGUGUCACUCUCUCCGACUCCCGGUCCGGUUCUUUCAGCCUGAAACAGCACAGACAAGUGUGGUGUUGACAAAAUGGACGUGUUGGCCGCUCCUGCAGACAGGCGUAAAGGAUGGUACCUUUCUCUGAUGGCACCCAACACAAAAGGACCAAUGUUUGCCUGGUUGGAUCCGUCCAGAAUCUACUGCAACUCCCUGGCUCUUGCAGACUGUGUCUCAGACCUUCUCAGCCCAUUCCACAGGGACACCAUUGACCUGGUUGCUGGGAUAGAUGCAAUGGGAUUCAUUCUCGGAGCGUCCGUCGCCACCACUCUUGGGAAAGGUUUCCUGACCAUUCGUAAAGCAGGACACCUGUGUGUAGCAACCCAGAACCAAACCUACUCCGACUACACAGGCAAAGAAAAGAAUAUGGAAAUAAGACUGGACGUCAUAAAACCUGGAAUGAGGGUGUUGUUAGUGGACCAAUGGAUCGAGACCGGCGGUACAAUGAAGGCUGCCAUUCAGCUGGUGGAGAGGCUGGGAGCCACUGUCGUAGGUGUAGCAGCUGUGGCGAUAGAAAACACGGAAGGGGGGAAGUGGAUUAAAGAGAAUUACAACUUCUCUCACUGCGUCCCCGAAGUGCUGCAGAGCCAAGUGGAUCGGAAACAUCUUGAAUCUUUCCGAAGCUUCAACAGCUCAAAUAGGAAAUAUAACUUCACAUAAGACAGAUACAUUUAUAUAUAUAUGAAAGAGGAAAUAGUUUUGCAUUUAGAUGUU